CGUUCCAAUUUUCUGGAAGCUUGCUUCAGAGCUCGGGUAUUUUCUGUGUACCAGGGAGCUACAAUAAUGCUAUAGGUUAGAAAUGUAUGAAAAUGAACCAUCAACAUAGCAAUGCUGCACAACCACAAUAUUUUGCCUUACAAUAUUAAUCAGACUAAAAUGGAUCACAUAAUAGCUACAUUAACCAUCAUUUUCUCAUCUCACUUUAAUAGGAAUGUAGUAGGAUAUGUUUUUCACCAUUUUCAAUGACUGUUCAUGCUUAGAUCUACCAAUCAGGUGCACUCCAGCUGUCCUUGUCAUGCACACUCCUCGUGUCUUGAUAGAAACAUCUUAAUUCUCUUUACAAACUGCAAACAUAUCAUGCUUAUCACAUUUCCAUGGCUUGACAUAAGGUAAUUGACCCCCAGAUUCACAAAGAUAUGUAUUUUAACCACUAACCUGUCGAUAAAAGUUUAUGUGAGAAGCUGAGCCAUCAAGUCAAUUGAUUAAGGCAUAAUUCUAAUGAUGUCAUAUACAAUUUUCAAACAUUCAGUCAGUCAGUCAGUUAAUGUUUUGCUAACAUUAUAAAAGCAAUAUGAACUAGAGGAGACAAUGGCCUGUGCUUGAACGUUUAUUUGAUUGGAUUAAAAGUCAUUAGUUUACAGUGUGUUAGUGUCUUCCCAACCGUCUCCCCUGUAGCUUCUCCCAGGCUAACACCCAAGACUUGAAACCUAUGCUGUCAUUUAGUCACUAGAUGGGUUAAGAAAAGGACAUAUGUUUGGACCCUUAAAUAACUCAACUCUACAACCAAAAAAACACUUCCUGGUCCGUUUUUUACAUACAUCGCUCAUAACCACUUUUUGUUGAUAACUCUGCGAAACAUGGUGGGACUAGGCUGUUUCUUUGCAGUGAGCUCAUCCUCCACAUUAGGAACGUGCUGACUUGACUACACCCUUCUAGCUUCUGUGUUAUCUGAGAAAAUGGGCGUGUUACUUUCGCCACGUGUUACUUUGGUCCAGGCUCUCCCUGACAAAGGACAUCCGCUUUGAUUCAGUAGAAUUCUGUGGUUACAAGUCUUUGACAGUUAGGCUGAACGGUAAUUUCAGAGGAGUAAGAUUCGUUCCAAUAUAAAAUUACGUACUUUUUUAAUCCUUGAUGAUUUUAACAAUACAAUUUAUAAGUGGAGAUGUUUUGCCUAAUAGAGUUUUAUGAAUAGUCAAAAUGGUCAGAACCUGUCUGAAAUACAAUUAUUCAGCUUUUCUGAUCAUUUCUGUUUACCCCUGCCUUGCCAUGCAUGCCCUAUACAUUCACAUUAAUACGCCAUGUUGACAUCCACAGGAUAUUCCAUCAACUUAUUAAUGUCCUGCAGUAUUGCCACCUAUCCUAAAUGCACUUCUCAUUUUGGAAUUCCAAGAAUUCUAACUAUUUCCCUGAAAUGUUUAUUGCAAAAGUGGAUAACGUCUACAAUUUUUUUUCUGAGGUCUUUGCUGAUUUCUUUUGAUUUUCCCAUGAUGUCAAGCAAAGAGGCACUGAGUUUGAAGGUUUGAGGGUGGCAGCGACCACAUGUACCCCAUGGAGUUCUUCUUCCCGCCCCAGAGGACCUGUCUGAUCUGUGCAGAAGAGGCAUCCGGCUGCCACUAUGGAGCACUCACCUGUGGCAGCUGCAAAGUGUUCUUCAAGAGAGCCGCAGAAGGGAAACAGAAAUACCUGUGUGCCAGCAGAAAUGACUGCACCAUCGAUAAGCUGAGAAGGAAGAACUGCCCAUCAUGUCGACUGCGGAGGUGUUUUGAAGCUGGGAUGACCCUCGGAACACGUAAACUAAAGAAGAUUGUACAGCUGAAGAGUCCGGAGGAGGAUCUUCCCACCCAAGGCCCCACUGAUACCAUCCAGGGAGUCUCUCCCCAAUCCGGCCUGAGCUUCCAUUCCCAGCUGGUGUUCCUUAACAUCUUGGAAUCCAUUGAGCCAGAGGUGGUACAUGCGGGACAUGACCAAUGCCAGCCUGACUCAGCUGCAGCGCUGCUCACCAGCCUUAACGAACUCGGGGAGCGCCAACUUGUCAAAGUGGUCAAGUGGGCCAAAGGCUUGCCAGGUUUUCGGAAUCUGCAUGUGGAUGACCAGAUGACAGUCAUCCAGCAUUCAUGGAUGGGGGUGAUGGUGUUCGGCUUGGGAUGGAGGUCCUACAAGAAUGCCAACGGCAGAAUGCUCUAUUUCGCCCCGGACCUUGUUUUCAAUGACCAUCGGAUGCACAUCUCCAGCAUGUUCGAUCACUGCAUACGGAUGAGACAACUCUCCCAGGAGUUUGUCCUGCUGCAAGUCACUCAGGAAGAGUUCCUCUGCAUGAAGGCCCUGCUCCUCUUCAGCAUCAUUCCAGUGGACGGUCUUAAGAGUCAGAAGUACUUUGAUGAGUUGCGGCUGACCUACAUCAAUGAACUUGGUCGCGUCAUUAACUAUGGAAGGAAGUCCAACUGCUCUCAGAGGUUGUAUCAACUCACCCGUCUCAUGGAUUCCCUCCAACCGGUUGUGAGGAAACUCCAGCAGUUUACAUUUGAUCUGUUUGUCCAGGCCCAGUCUCUGCCCACCAAGGUCAACUUUCCAGAGAUGAUUGCAGAGAUAAUCUCAGUACAUUUGCCAAAGAUCCUGGCAGGCCUGGCCAAACCAAUCCUGUUCCACAAGUAGCAGGAUUUGCCAUCAUACUGAGAAAAAUCCAAUCCAAGCUGCCUAUAUACUUCUGCCAAGGCUCUGUAGUGUUUCCCUUGUAAUGUUCUCUCUCUCCCUUUUUUUAUAUCUAAUAGCUCAAUGUUCCAUUUCUGAAAUCAUUGUAUCAUUACAGUAGUUUAGCCGCUUAUCAGACAUAAUUGAGAUAAUUUUCUCAGAAGGGCAGCAAGGUUUUAGCAUUUAUUUCAAGUUGCAAGGUGUCACCUUGUUGACAGCCCAAUCUGUCCUGUAUUUCAAGAAAAAAAAUACACAAGACUAGUAGUUUUAUGUCAAAUGUA